UUUCCACUCUCUCCUCCACUCUCAUCCAACAUCCUCAAUCCCUCUCGUCUUUCUCUCUCUGACCCACUCACUCAAAGCUUCAAUCUGCCCAAGCUCCUCCAGAAAUGGCGACGCCGUCGAGCACUGAAGUGUCCAGGAGGCUUCAGCUCAUCAAGCAACACCUCCUCGGCGAGUCCUCCCCUAUCGGAGCCGCCUUCCCUGCUCAUCUCACCGCCACCGCCACCACUUCAUCCUCCAACUCCAUCACUUUCGGACAUGCGAUCGAGCUCUCUCGCUCCGUCUCCUUCUCCGACUUAGAUUUUCUGCCAGACGCUGGUCUCUUCGAGUUCGACGUCAGCUCGAUCGCCUUCGAGCAAAACCAGAGCGACAGCUUCAGUUUCGAAGCGAAACCUCGACAACCCGACCUAAUCCCUCCGACGCCGGCGGAUUCGAGCUUAUCGACGAGCUCCGAAAGGGAAUCGUGCUUCGAGUUCGAAGCGAAGCCGGUAACAUCCAGCGAAACGGCCUCGAAAACCUCGCAACCGAGCAAGAAGCCGUCGCUGAAGAUCGAGCUGCCGACCAAAGUCGAGUUGCUGCGAUUCGCUGAGCCGAAUCAGACGACGGUUCGAAAAGGCUCGGAUCAAGCGCGCGACGAACAGAGGCGCUACAGAGGAGUCCGGCGGAGGCCGUGGGGGAAGUUCGCGGCGGAGAUCCGAGACCCGAACCGGAAGGGCACGCGCGUCUGGCUCGGCACCUUUGACACCGCGAUCGAAGCGGCGAAGGCCUACGACCGGGCCGCCUUCACGCUCCGCGGCUCAAAGGCGAUCCUCAACUUCCCUCUCGAGGCCGGCAAGCCCCAGCCUCCAGCGGCACCAGCCAGUGGCAAGAAACGAUGCCGUGAGGAGGAGGAGGAGGAAAGCGAGGUCGUCGUGAAGAAGGAGAAGGUGGCGGAGUCCGAUGCUGGCAAGUGCAGGGACGUCCCUCUGACGCCGUCUAGUUGGGCGAGGACCUGGGACUGUGAUGUCGCGACGGGGAUCUUCAACGUUCCUCUGCUGUCGCCGUUAUCUCCGAUUCCGACGUUAGGGUUUCCUCAGCUCCUGGUCGUAUGACAAGUGUCUUUUCUUU